CAGCGGCUCCCACCUGGAGCACCUCCAUGCUGACUCAGCCUGGGAAAGGGCUGCAGUGAGGGAUGAAGAAAAGAUGCGAUUGCGUGAGAGCAGAGGUGCCCAGAACCUUGCCCUCUUGCUGGGCUUGAUCCUGAAUCUUCGGGCGGAGAAGCCUGUGAGCUCUGCUAACAUCAGUUUAGCUCUAGAAGCAGCUAUAUCAGAGCCCAUAGUAGUGGAAUCGGAUGGAAAUCUGACACAACCGAAGGAAGUUGAAUUUGGAGAAUGCUCAGUUACAUGUGGUAUUGGCGUUCGCGAAGUUAUAUUAACCAAAGGAUGCCCUGAAGGUGAAACAAAGUGUAUCAUUCGUAUUGAAGAAUGCAGAGGACCAGCAGAUUGUGGAUGGGGAAGACCCAUCUCUGAAAGUCUUGCAACUGUGAAGAUGCCUUGCAUUUUUGUACCACCAGAAAAUAGAUUUCAGUACGUUUGGAAGCUCUUGGUUCCAGAUGAGCAAUCACUCAUUCUUCCUAAUGAUUCAGCUAUUCUGGAGGUUCACAGGGAUACUCACCCCGUUGCAUUUGAAUGUGAUACACUAGAAAAUGAGGACCUGAUUGCAUCUGUAAAAUAUACCGUAUAUACAAGAGAUGAACUGGAUACAAGAGAGUUAAGUACGCCAGGCUCAAAUGUAACAAUGUUUGUUCUCAUAUCUGGGAUUAUUGUUUGCAUCGGUGUAUUCUUUGCCAUAAUCUUCAUCAUUCUUAAAUGGACUGCUGUAAAAGCCUUCUGGCAAACAAAACUUUGCAGAAGCAGAGAAGAACCAAGCUUGAUUACAAUGAGAACUUCCUCAGGGCAGAUAUCCACAUCAGAUAAUUUACAGGUCUCACAAACAGAAUUCACCGCACAUGAACAGGUUUCCUAUCAGGAAUGGAAUGAGCCAUCACAAGGAGGAGGAGGAGGAGGAGGAGGCAGUAGCGAGAAGGGAAAUUUUUAAGAAAAAAAUAUUUUAAACCAGAGAGGGAAUACGUAUAUUAAACUAUGGUCAAAAUAGGAAGAGUACCAGUUCCGAGAAGAGCUUUUUUGCAUCUCUGAUGAAUCUUGUUUGGGAACAUUGGGAUAGUCGUGUGAAACUGACCUGGCCAAAUUUUAAAGACUGAUUUCUGGUGUUAAAAUUAAUGUGGUUCAUCCAGGGGGUUCUGCCUCUUGAUGUUUUUUGAAAAUUGAGGAGUGAGAUGUUUUAAUGAGGUCCUACCAAACUUUCACAAUAAAUAUACU